AUGAUGUGGUUUUGCGCAGCGGUGGCGGCCGCGGUGAUAACCGCUUUGAAUGUACGAGGCGAACAAGUUCUGCUUCUUGACACUACGACCGAAGAUACUCUCGGAUGGACACGUUAUCCGUAUGGCCCUCAAGCCAACACUCCUGGAUGGCUUGAAGAAUCUUACACAAAUUUUGAGAAACAAAUAAACUGGCGAUCGUACGUGGUGUGUGAUGUAGCACAUCAUAAUGUUAAUAAUUGGUUAUGGACUCCAUUCAUAGAGAGAAGAAAUGCAAACCGAAUUUAUAUUGAAAUUAAAUUUACUAUUCGAGACUGUUCACUCUUUCCAGGUAAUGCUCUAAGUUGCAAGGAAACAUUUAGCUUACUAUACUAUGAGUUUGAUGUUGCGACACGUGAACAACCGCCAUGGGAGCCUGAAAGCUACAAAUUAGUGGGUCGAAUUGCAGCUGGUGAAGGUAGAUUUAACACUAACUCCGAGGUAGAUAUUAAUACUGAAGUAAAGAGUAUAGCUGUAACAAAGCGUGGUGUUUAUAUUGCAUUUAGAGAUCAAGGGGCUUGUAUAUCUAUUUUAGCUGUAAAAGUUUAUUAUAUAACUUGCCCUGAAGUGACAAUCAACUUUGCUAAGUUUCCUGCCACACCAACUGGCCGUGAGGUAACCGUUAUAGAACAAGCAAAUGGUACUUGUGUUGAAAAUGCUGAAACAGCUCCUGGUGAAGCAUCUCCUGUAUAUUUGUGUAAAGGUGAUGGUAAAUGGACUCUUCCAAGUGGCUCAUGUAAAUGUCGAGCUGGUUAUGAACCUGAUUACAACAACCAAAUAUGUAAUGAGUGCUCACCUGGUAAAUUCAAAUCUCAUACUGGAGAUGAGCCUUGCAUACCAUGUCCAGACUAUUCAGAAACUACAGCUUAUGCAUCGGCAGAAUGUAAAUGUGUUCCGGGUUUUUUCAGAGCUAAAAAAGAUCCAAAAAAUAACCCUUGUACUCAACCACCCACAGCACCUGAUAAUUUAACUGUGACAUUUGCUGAUCAAUUUUCUAUAUCACUUGCAUGGCAGCCUCCUCAUAAAACUGGAGGUCGAGCUGAUGUGACAUACAAAGUACAUUGUUUAAAUUGUGGCCCUAAUGUAGAAUAUCGACCGGCUGCUUCUGGUCUCAAUUCAACGAGAGUAACUAUAAUGGGCUUAGAUCCAGUAACAGAAUAUAAAUUCCAAGUUUUUGCUUUAAAUGGUGUAUCAGAUUUGACUGGUGAACCUGCAAAAAAGGUAGAAAUAACUGCUGUCACUGAAGCCUCUGUUGUCAGUGUGAUUACUAAAUUGAGAGUUGUCAGUGUUGAAAGUGACAAAUUAGCACUUGCUUGGAACCCUCCACCAAUAGAUUUAACAGAUCCAGAUGAUGCUAUUGAAAGUUAUGAAGUCAAAUGUUUUCCAAAAGACAAUCUGGAAAAAACAGCUAAUGCAACAGUUAAAAUAACAAAAGAACCGCACAUUAUUAUUACCGGCUUAAAGAGAGAUACUGAGUAUGGAAUAAGAGUAAGAGCAAAAAUGAAAAGAGGUUGGGGAGAAUUGAGUGGAAUUGUUUAUGCAAGAACUGGAUCUGUACUUGAGACAUCAUUUGUUGGAGAAGAAGAAGGUGCACAGGUACGAUUAGUUGCAGGUGUAAUGGUAGCAGUAGUUGUUCUCUCAGUAGUGGCAAUUAUUGCCACUGUUUUAUUUUUACGGUCUCGUGCUGACGAUGAGUGUGAUAAAAAACAGCCAAGCGAUUGUAAUGCUUUGAACUAUCGCAAUGGGGAAGUAUACACUGGUCCUGAUAGACCCGCAAAAACAAGCAGUAACGCUACAACACCUUUAUUUGCUGGAACUGGGUCUAGAACAUACAUAGAUCCUCACACAUACGAAGAUCCUAAUCAAGCAGUUAGAGAGUUUGCUCGUGAAAUUGAUGCAUCCUGCAUAACAAUAGAAGCAAUUAUUGGUGGUGGAGAAUUUGGAGAUGUUUGUAGGGGCAAACUUAAAUUACCUGCUAGUUGUGGUCAAGAGAUUGAUGUUGCUAUUAAAACGCUCAAACCUGGGUCUACUGAGAGAGCCAGGAGAGAUUUCCUUGCAGAAGCCUCUAUUAUGGGUCAAUUUGAACAUCCUAAUGUCAUAUUUUUGCAAGGGGUUGUUACAAAAUGUAAUCCAAUUAUGAUUAUAACUGAAUUUAUGGAAAAUGGUUCUUUGGAUACUUUUUUACGUGCAAAUGAUGGAAAAUUUCGCGUAUUGCAAUUAGUUGGAAUGUUGCGCGGUAUAGCUACAGGAAUGCAAUAUUUGUCAGAAAUGAAUUACAUUCACCGUGAUCUAGCUGCACGAAAUGUUCUUGUAAAUUCUCAACUUGUAUGUAAAAUUGCCGAUUUUGGUUUAUCGCGGGAAAUCGAGUCAACCGCUGAUGGUGCGUACACAACACGUGGUGGAAAAAUACCCGUACGCUGGACUGCACCUGAAGCUAUUGCCUUUAGAAAGUUCACAUCAGCGAGUGACGUUUGGUCUAUGGGAAUUGUUUGUUGGGAAGUUAUGAGUUUUGGUGAGCGUCCUUAUUGGAACUGGAGUAAUCAGGAUGUUAUAAAAUCUAUAGAAAAAGGUUACCGACUCCCUGCACCAAUGGACUGCCCGGAAGCAGUUUAUCAGUUGAUGCUUGAUUGCUGGCAGAAAGAACGUACUCAUCGACCCACAUUUGCAAGUAUUGUUAAAACUCUAGAUAAGCUUAUUCGUUGUCCUGACACAUUGAGAAAAAUAGCCCAAAACCGUUCAGCAGAUCCCCUUGCAGGUGAUACUCCUGACUUAAUUCAAUUUUCUUCUGUUGAAGAAUGGUUGGAGUGCAUUAAAAUGUCUCGAUAUAUUGAGAAAUUUAGAGCUGCAGGAAUCACAGACAUGAAUGCAGUUGUUGAUCUUACUGUGCACCAACUAGCUUCUUUAGGAGUGACUCUGGUUGGACAUCAGAAGAAAAUAAUGAACAGUGUUCAAAGUAUGCGUGCUCAAAUACGCGUCAGUGGCCCAUAUGGUUUUCUUGUUUAAUAAAGUGUCAAAGCAUUGCUAGUUAAUGUGAGAAGAAGACCACUAGAUGGCGAUCUCCCUUUACUCGUGAUUCGAAUACAGUGAUUAAUAUUUAAAAAAUGAUGCAUUUGUAUAUUUUUCUAAAAAGAACUCAUAAGAAUAGACAAUUUUGGUAAACAUAGAUGUCUUUCAAUAGAUUAGGUAUAAUUAUAAUUUUUUAUAUGUUAUUAGAAUUUGAUUGUUUUGUACACAUAUAUUUUUUGGUACUGUCAGAAUGUACUCAUAGCAUGACAGUCUGUCAAAUACAUACAAAAAUCUCAAGUUAAGUAUGUAACAUCUCGCUGCUACAUUGAAAUAAUUGCCAUUAUUAAUUUCUUUAAUAGGUUGUAUGUUUUCAUAACAAUAAAUUGUAAAUAUUUUGAAUGU